CGUUUACCUCUACUUUGUCUCUAGCUUUUAAUCGUUCCUUUCGUUGAUUCUUUUAAUUCCGUAUCCCCCACUUUGGGUAACCUAGCAACUUAUGCCGUUAGUGAAGGCGAAAUUGUCGAGCUUUUCAUUAGAAGACAGUUGCCCAUCACUAUAUAUAUAGUGUUCUUGAGUGUUCUUGUUGUUUGCUUUCUCUUUCUUGUGAUAGAUUGUUUAAGUGAUGAAGCUCAGACUUGCACGCAAAGUGGCACGAUGAGUGGAGAAAACCCUCCUCCUGGAGAAUGCAACCAGGAAAAUAACUCCAACUGCUGUAAAGAAGGUGAAACGUACCCUACUUACGACUAUUCACCUCCCGUUUCAGGAUCUACAAAUGCAAAGUUGACACUGAACGGCUUUGGGAAAAAUCAAGAUGGUGGUCACGAAUCAAAAUGUGACGAGGAGUACCAUACCAAGGAUGAGCUUGUGGUGGCACUUUCAACAGGAUGGUUCGAUAAAAAGGCUCGUUGCUUAACGUAUAUUAACAUCAAUGGUAAUGAAAACAGCGUUAAGGCCAAGGUUGUUGAUGAAUGUGACUCAACAAUGGGAUGUGAUGAACAACAUGCUUACCAGCCUCCAUGCGACUGCAAUAUAGUGGAUGCCUCGGAGGCUGUUUGGAAAGCGUUGGGUGUUCCAGAAGAUAACUGGGGUGGAUUAGAUAUCACUUGGUCUGAUGCUUGAUGCGCAACAUACAUAGGAUUAUGAAUUAUAUGUAAUAGUUGAAGUACUCUGUUGUGUUUGUUACGUUCGCUAAUAAAUUUUAAUGUAUUAAUAUACAAUAUGUUAUGCUAUUUUCUAUCAAUUAUUACGUAAUUGCAUCUUCUUCCUAUUUA